AGUUUUGAGAAAAAUAUCAAUAGAAUCUCCUCAUAUUUGGAUCAAUUAUUAUCUAACAAUUGAUAAUUUGAUGGCAGGUCUCAUUGGAAUGGCACUGUCAUAUGGACUUUCUUUAAAUGUUUUCCUUGUUGCUUCUAUCCAAUUUCAAUGCUUGCUAGAAAAUAUGGUUAUAUCUGUAGAAAGACUAGAGCAAUACAUGCACAUCCCCUGUGAAGCUCCAGAAGUAAUUGAUGAUAAAAGACCUGCAGAGGAUUGGCCUUCUGUUGGCAAAGUGGAGAUCUACAAUUUGAAGGUAAGAUACCGCCCCAGUUCUCCACUGGUGCUCCAGGGAAUAAGCUGCAAAAUUGAAGGAGGGAGCAAGGUUGGAAUAGUUGGCCGAACUGGUAGUGGGAAGACAACUUUGAUCAGUGCAAUGUUCCGACUGGUAGAGCCUACACAUGGAAAGAUCGUCAUUGAUGGUCUGAACAUCUCAGAAAUCGGGCUUCAUGACCUAAGAUCACGCUUGGGGGUCAUCCCACAAGAUCCUACACUCUUUGAUGGCUCUGUAAGAUACAAUCUAGACCCCUUAUCCCAGCACAAUGAUAAUGACAUAUGGGAGGUUCUGGAGAAAUGUCAGCUGAGGGAGGCUGUUGAAGAGAAAGAAGAAGGCCUUGACUCCUUAGUGGUACAGGAUGGAUCAAACUGGAGCAUGGGGCAGCGGCAAUUGUUCUGCCUGGGACGAGCAUUGCUGAAGAGGAGCCGAAUUCUGGUUCUUGAUGAGGCCACCGCCUCCAUAGACAAUGCCACUGAUUCUAUCCUCCAGAAAACAAUAAGAACAGAAUUUGCAAAGUGUACGGUGAUUACUGUUGCUCAUAGAAUACCAACUGUGAUGGACUGCACCAUGGUGCUUGGUAUUAGUGAUGGGAUGGUUAUGGAAUAUGAUGAGCCAUUUAAACUGAUGAAAAAGGAGGGAUCUUUAUUUGGGCAGCUUGUGAAGGAGUACUGGUCCAGAUGUGCAAACCCUGCAGAAAUUGAUGAUCAAGAACUCCAAUUUUAAGUGCUCCUUAAGCUACUAGUACAUCAAUUAGUAGUACUUGGUAAUUGAAAGAGUGCUAUUAGUAGUAAUUGGUAAUUAAAGGAGGGCUAUUAGUAGUACUUGGUCAUUAAAGAAGGUGGCUUUGUCCCGAUACUCAUAAAUUCUAGGAGUAUUAAAUUUUAUCAUGGGAA